AUGGCAGAAGCCAUCAUGGAGUUCAUACGAGAAUAUGGAAUAGCGACAAAAGUUGGAUACUUUAUGAUGGAUAAUGCCACCAACAUGAAUACCAUGAUCGACAAAGUCUCCGACGACUUGGAGCACGAGUUCGAAGUUUUCUACGAUCCUCUUCCUCACCGACUUCGCUGUUUCGGCCACAUCAUUAACCUGGCCGUGAUGGAGUUCCUCAUAGGAAAGCGACCACCCACAGCAGAUUCCUACCACGGACCGUCCGACGACGAAGUUAAGCAAUGGAGAAAGCGAGGGGCGAUAGGCAAAUUGCAUAAUAUCGUGGUCUACAUCACCUGGACUCCCAGCGACUUCAGACAUUCACUGGUCUCACUGACGGUCUACGGCUACGGCGCGACAAUGACACUCGUUGGAAUUCGUGGCAUAGCAUGGUUGAGUGGGCCCUUAGAACAAAAGUCCGUCAAGGCAUCACCAUAUUUUGUGCUCAAGAGCCUGCCCUGCAAGACGAUGCUCUGA